AAAUCCCCCAAGAGAUAUGAAUAAAACGAGACUCGAAAUGAGAUGUAAAACAAAGUGAUGUGACAUGACAUAGACCAAAAAUAUUUAGAUAAUGCACCAUUAGUUGCUAGUUUGCAUUCCUCUCUAACCUGGUGAUCUCACUUCUACAACUUUCCUUUCAUUUAUGUUGUAAACUGAAGAUGGCGCAAGUGAGGAACAAGCAAGUGAUUCUGAAGGACUAUGUCUCUGGUUUUCCUAAGGAAUCCGACAUGGAAAUUGUCGAGAGCACCAUCACUCUGAAACUUCCAGAAGCUUCCAAUGAGGUGCUGCUCAAAAAUCUCUACUUGUCAUGUGAUCCAUACAUGCGAAUCCUCAUGGCCAAGCCAGAAGGCACUCCCAAUCCUCGUACCUACACCCCUGGCUCUCCAUUAGUAGGGUAUGGUGUGUCUAAAGUCCUGGAAUCUGGACACACAGAUUAUAAGGAAGGUGAUUUGGUGUGGGGGUUUACUAAAUGGGAAGAGUAUAGCUUGGUCUCUUCAGCUCAAAUACUUUUCAAAAUUGAGCAUACCGAUUUCCCUCUUUCGUAUUAUACUGGAAUUCUUGGUAUGCCAGGAGUGACGGCAUAUGCAGGUCUCUUUGAAGUGGGCUCUCCCAAGAAAGGAGAGAAUGUGUUUGUUUCAGCAGCCUCUGGUGCAGUUGGUCAACUUGUUGGCCAAUUUGCUAAACUUACAGGUUGUUAUGUUGUGGGAAGUGCUGGAACAAAAGAAAAGGUUGAUCUAUUGAAGAAUAAAUUUGGGUUUGAUGGAGGUUUUAACUACAAGGAAGAGCCUGACCUCGAUGCAGCUUUGAAAAGGCACUUUCCAGAAGGCAUUGACAUUUACUUUGAGAAUGUUGGGGGCAAGACACUCGAUGCUGUACUCCUGAAUAUGAGAGUCCACGGUCGCAUCCCUGUCUGUGGAAUGAUUUCACAAUAUAAUCUUGCUCAACAGGAAGGUGUACAAAAUUUGGCACACCUCAUAUAUAAGCGGAUUCGCAUGCAAGGGUUUAUGUUCAGUGAUUUCUAUCACCUAUAUCCCAAAUUCUUGGAGUUUGUCCUGCCUCAUAUCAGAGAGGAAAAAAUUGUGUAUGUGGAAGACAUAGCGGAGGGUCUUGAGAAUGGUCCUGCAGCUGUGGUUGGCCUUUUUAGUGGUCGCAAUGUUGGAAAACAAGUGCUUGUUGUUGCUCGUGAAUGAAAAUCUUUUCUGGCAUUAUUAUGGUAUCAGAUUUUGUUCUGAAUUCUUAUUGAAAAUUUAGCAGUCUUGAUAUCAUCUUUUGUGGUCAUCUUUCUGAACUGUAUGCUGAUGCACUCUGUUCCUGAUGGUUCUUUGAGUUAAGUCAAUAUAUUAUACUGAUUACUCAUGACUAAAAGAAGUUACUUCUUUUUUCUAAUGUAAAUACUUUGUUAUUUUACA